CCAGCGAAGGAAGGGGGCGGAGCUUGACUUAGCGGCUGAUCACCAGGAGUUUCCCCAAAUGCCGAUAUAAUAUACGCCUCCGUUUGACUAGAGAAGAUGAAGAGGUGAGGGAGAAGGAUGGCAGACGACGCCGUCGUCCCUACAGCGAAGAAGAGGCGGCGAGAAGAUUACGGGGAGGUGGUCUAUCCCAUAGUUGACUGUGAGCAGGUUGACUCCAGCGCUGUGACCGGCUGCACGUCUCCUCUUCCUCUGUCCAGCUCCAAACGAGACCAAAGUAGGACCUGAGGACUUUGAGUUGCUGAGUGUGCUGGGGACGGGGGGCUAUGGGAAAGUGUUUCUGGUCCGGAAGAUCUGCGGGGCAGACAGAGGCAGUCUGUAUGCCAUGAAGGUACUCAAGAAGGCUGUGAUAGUCCGCAAGCGAAAGGUGAUGGAGCACACACUCACUGAGCGUGCCGUCCUGGAAGCAAUCAGGGACUUUCCCUUUCUUGUCACGCUGCACUACGCCUUCCAGACGGAUGCCAAGCUCCACCUCAUCAUGGACUACAUCUGUGGAGGAGAGAUGUUCACCCACCUGUACAGGAUGGGACCGUUCUCUGAGCCUCACACCAGGGUCUAUGUGAGCGAGGUCACGCUGGCUCUGGGUCACCUCCAUUCUCUGGGCAUCGUCUACAGAGACAUCAAACUGGAGAACCUUCUCCUGGACAGAGAGGGGCACGUGGUCCUCACCGACUUUGGUCUGUCAAAGGAAAUGCUUCCUGAACAGGUGACCCACUCCUACUGUGGGACAGUGGAGUACAUGGCACCCGAGAUCAUCCAGGGAGGUCAGGGAGGUCACGACCUCGUGGUGGACUGGUGGUCUCUUGGAGUCCUCAUGUAUGAGCUCCUCACCUGCGAGUCGCCCUUUGCCCCCUCUGGUCACGAGAACACACAGAAAGAUGUCUCCCAGUGAGUGGUCAGGACACAUCAACUGAUUAGGACACCUCACUCUAUCCCAAACACAGUAUUCAGGACACCUCAUUCUGUCCUGAUUCCCCUUGUAUUACAUCAUACAGGAGAAUUCUGUUGGAAGAGCC